CCUCUGGGCAAAUAUAUUUAUCCUUUCAUUUGGUGCAACUUUAAUCACCGGAGCGGCAAUUUUUGUCUAUUGGAGAUGGAUCAGAUUAAUUUAAUUCAUUCCAUUAGGUCAACAAUUAACAAUAGACACACGAUUAAGGUAAUUCAAUAAUCAGCAAACAAUUAUAAUCAUCAUCAUCGAAAUAUCAUUUUGCUGGAAAAAUUUUUUCUCUUCCAUUAAUCGUUAAUUGUGAUAAAGUGAUUAAACUAAUCAAUUUAAUCACAACGAAUGGAAAACUUUUCCAGCGAUAAAAGAGAUGGCGCCACUUGAAAUUCGAAAAAAAUUGAAAACAAAAAAAAGUGAAACAAUUAGUUGAAUGUUUGUUUAUUCAAUGUAAACAACUAAUUGAUUGAUUUGUUAUCUUUAUUUUUUUUUUACUCUCUUUUAUUAAUUGUAGAAAAUUACUCUCACUCUUAUUAUCUCUCUCUCUCUCUCGUUUUCUUUCUGUGUGUGUGUUUUACUCUGUAGUGCAAUAAUUAGCUUGACAAUUAAAUUUCUUCCCACCAAAUAAUAGUUGUAACUUUGGAUCUUCCCAAAGAGUGAAAAUUGCAAACAAAACCUUAAAACUGUGAACGAUAUGUUACUUGUUGAUUGUUACUUUUUUCAAUAUGAGUAAAGACGAAACUAAACCUUUGACCCAUUCAUGUACCUGUUCAGGGAACCACGAAUGUCAAUAUUCAAGCGACAAAUUAACCUCCAACACGUUGACUUUCAUGCAAUUGAUCAAGGCAAACAUAGGAACAGGUAUUCUUGCCAUGCCAAGUGCCUUUGCCAAUUCUGGUCUAAUUGUCGGUACAGUCGCUCUACCAAUCAUUGGCCUAAUAGCGAUUCAUUGUAUGCACCUUUUGGUUAAUUCUCAUAAUAAGAUAUGCUCUAUAUUAGGCUACAGGGCCUUGGAUUAUCAAGUAGCCGAGAAAACUUUAUUAUUGGGACCCCAGUGUUUACGAAGUAAAGCAAUUUGGGCGAAACGAGCGGUCAUCCUUUUUUUAAUUAUAACCCAAUUGGGAUUUUGUUGUGUCUACUCUUUAUUUGUUGCAACCAAUUUAUCAAUUGUGAUUAAAUCUCUUCUUGGUUACAAUAUGCCAGUUGAACUUUUAUUGGUUAUCGAGCUUCCCGCCAUGAUAUUAUUUAACCUUAUCCGUAAUUGGAAACAUUUAGCAAUAGCAUCAACCAUGGCAAACAUUUUACAAACCUCUGGACUUAUUUUUGUUUUUUACGAUCUUUGUCAAAAUUUACUUGAACCCUCGACUCGACCUUUCCUACCUCCUGACCUUAAAAAGCUUCCUCUCUAUUUUGGUAUAAUAGUUUACGCCUUUGAGGGUAUUGGUGUUGUUUUACCUUUACGGAAAGAGAUGAGACAUCCAUCCGCUUUAAGUGGCCUUUGUGGGGUUCUUAAUACUGGUAUGGGUUUGGUUCUUUGUCUCUAUACAGGUAUCGGAUUUUUUGGUUACCUUAAAUAUGGACCUGGAGUCCAGGGCAGUAUAACAAUGAGCUGGCCUCCAGAAACAAAGUACGCCAUUGUCCAGUUAAUGUUCUCAGUGGCCAUUUUCCUUUCCUAUGCAGUACAAUUUUACGUCCCAAUUAACAUAAUGUGGCCUUACUUUGCGACCAAAUUUGAACUUGUACCCGGUGAAACGAAAACAAUCAUUUUGGAUACCGUAUUUCGAACUUUGUUAAUCUCUUUGACCUUUGCAAUCGCUCGACUUGUACCCGAACUGGAUACCGUCAUCUCACUUGUCGGUGCUCUUUCCGGAAGUAGUUUGGCCUUAAUUCCACCAUUAAUUGACACUCUCGUUAAUUGGGAUAACCCUGUUACUUUUACCAAAACCCUUUUAACGAUCAAAAAUGUGGCCAUUUCUGUUUUCGGUAUCAUCGGUUUUAUCACUGGUACUUAUGUAAGCGCCCAACAAAUAAUCAAAAAAUUCUAAUCAAGACCAAUUUGUAUUCUCAUAACUUGGUGGUUAAUUCAAUCAUCAGUAAACUUUGGACUCUCUUCCAUCCUGAACAAUCAAAAUUGAUCAUCAAACAAACUUUUCCAUCUUUAUCUGUAUCAAAUUUUUCCUCUAUUAUUAUUCUCACUUGUUAAUUGUUACCAUUACGAUCACUCAGACAACCUUUAUUAUCAUCCUCAUCAUCAUUAUAAUGGUUUUGUACUUAUUUUUUUCCACAAAAAAAAUUAUUGUCAAUAAUUUUUCAAGAAAAAAACUGUCACUUUGUACUUUAAUGUAUCAUUAAAAAAGACCAAGUGAAAA